GCCUGCGCAUACGAUUACAUCUAAUUCUCCAUCUGUGUUUUCGAAGGUUUUGCCUUAGCGUACGUUGUUGUUUAAAAUAGUGUUUUAGUGUAUACUUUGACAUUUUUAAAAUUCCACCAGGUCAGUUGCCUUUGUAGAGGAUCCAGCUAGUAGUGUGCAAAGUUUGUCGUUGUUUCGUCCAUUGCUAGUGACAUAAACAGCCUCCAUGUUUGACUUUAGCUGAAGGCGGGUAAAUCUGCGGACAACCAUGUAGUAUGAAAGAUACUCUGAAUUUGGCGCAAAAUUAAGCUGGUCUUUUGGUAUAUUUACCUGAAAAUCUAUUGGAGACUGUUGGAAUUCAUAUCACCAUGGACUACGACCACUUGGAUCCCGAGGGGAGCUUGAUGGAUCAAAUACAAGCAUUGAUACAACCACCAUCCUCGGAAAUCCCUGUAAAGAAGGCGAAGAAAACGGACAAAGAAGCUCGCAAAGUCGGACGUAGCGUUAACCACGACAAUUGUGAUAGUUGUGGGGAAGGAGGCGAUUUGUUGUGUUGUGAUCAGUGCCCGUGCGCCUUUCAUCUCAGCUGCUGUGACCCUCCUCUGGAAGAAGAUGAUAUCCCUGAUGGAGAGUGGCUCUGCAUUGAAUGUCGCAAUAAACAGAAGCAGGACCAAAAAAAUGGAAAAGAAGUGCCUGAAAAAGGCGGAGAGGAAAAAGAAAAUGAAAAAGAAAAGGAAAAUGAAAAGCGGACUGAAAAAGCCAAAGAGAAAGAUGUCCAAGUGACUAAGCAAAAUGAAAGUAUAAACCCGGACUCACCAUUCUCUACUUUGGUCAAAAUGAGCACUGGAAAGAACCCGUCAACAUUCCAGCUGCCACCAGAGCUCAAGUGUACCACGGUAUUUCCUGGUGACAGGAAAAGAAAAGGAAGCACUGAAGACAAAGGGUCUUCCUCAAAGAGUUCCAAAUUGGCUGGGGAGGAAGAUGGUUUUCCCCCAACUCGACUGUGCUUCACCUGUAGCAGGACUGAAUUGUUUGGCAAGCUGGUUCAGUGUGAUUUCUGUCCGCUGGGAUUUCAUAUGGACUGUAUCAAUCCUCCGCUGACCACACCCCCCUCUGGCAUGUGGAUGUGUCCAAACCAUGCUGAGCAUGCAGAGCCAGGAUUAAGGGAUCCAAGAUUUAGCAAGCGAUGUCAAGCAUACAAUGACUUGAAAAACAAUGUUUCUCAACACACUGUCAAACUGGAUUUCUUGGAUAGAGUUAAAAGACUGAAGAAGCACCCAUACUUCCGGAGAAAGCCCUAUCUGCCAAUAAAAAGACGCUCUUCCUUGGUUCCUCAAAGCAUCAAGGACCACUAUUCAAUGCCUCCACUCACUCAACUGCCAGAUCACAUCAGAAGGAUGCAGGAGCCUGUUCCUCUGUACUCCUUACCCUUAGCCACACCCACUAGUGAGGAACAGGAGGAGUGGCUGAAAUGUGUGGUGAAUCUCCAGUGCGGCAUUGCCAAACACCUUUCUCAAGCUCCAAGCAACAAACUCUUAGUGUCCAGUUGUGCCACAAACCUUUCGGAGACUAGCACGUCAGUGAAGGCAGACACUCCAAGUGUUGCCACCGUAGCUUCUAUGGUCAAUUCCCUUGCAACAGGCACCAUAUCCAGGGAAGCUCUGUACAAUGGUGUCAAGAGUGACAUGGCGACACCUGUACCUUCAACAAGUAGUGUUGCCAAUGCUUGCAUCAGCAGAGUGGUUACGACGACGAUAACAACAUCCAGUGGUGGGAAGACAGUGACAAAGCCAGUCACUAUACUUUAUGCAUCGCCGUCCAAGCUGCAAGCGUCAAUAAAUGGUCCCCUGAACUGUGCGAAGCCAAUAGGUAGUACUGCUCUUUCUUCGCAAAUCGCUGCCAUGGCAUCGGCUGGGUCCUUUACGAACUUUAAUUCGGUUUCAAUCAAGCGUGAUCCUGGUGAUACUGAUACAAAACAAAACCCUACAGAUGCUGUAAAAUUCCUUAGUGACUUGGGCCACUUAAACAAUCUCAAGGCAAAACCACCUGUUAUUGGCACUUCGGUUAUUCCUGGGACUUCGGUAGCUAGAACACUUUCUCAACAGUCAACAUCAACUCUAAGCAUGUUGCCUGGGGUGAGCAAAGUUGGUGCCAACACACCGACUAAACUUAUUGUCCUUACGAGUAACAACAGUGGGAAUAUUAUUAAGACUAUUGGCCUUGCAUCCAGCUCAGCUGGUCACAUACCAGCAGGUAUUGCCCUAGCUGGUACAGCAACUAAUGUUGCCAGCUCCGUAAAAGUUACUUCAGCACCAUUUACUGCAGGAACACUAACAGUUGGUGCGAAUACAAGUCCAGGAAGAGUGCAAGGGGGCGUUUCUACUCCAAUAGCUACUGCAAAUGCAAUAAACAGCAUUUGUGCUGCAACCGGAGUGGAUGCAUUCAAUGAAACAGAACUGGGAAAACUGGAUUCAAGACUUAUACAAGUACUAGCCUAUCAAAGAUUGCAACAACUACUAACACAGACAAAGCCAGUACCUCCAAGCCCUGUUUCUGCUCGUAAAAUCACUUUUAACGGCCUAAAGGACGGCCUGGUAUUACCACACAAUUCAGUUCCGACAGGUCGGUCUAUUGCAGUUCUUUGCCCUCUCACUGGGACAGGCCCAUCAAUGGCGAUGGUCCACAAAUGUCUCACUAUAGGAAAAGGUGUAGAUUCAGAUGUCUGUCUUCAGGACUACAGCCCGUGUAACUUCGUGUCCGAGAAGCACUGCUGUAUUUUCUAUGACGAGUCUUCCAAGCAAUACGAACUAAUCAAUUACAGCGAGCAUGGCACUUACGUAGAUAACGUUCUCUACUCGUGCGACUUCUCGGACAAGCCUAACCGUCACGUGACCUCCUCCAAGGACCUCAACCCAAAUAAGGUCAGCAAAUCGAAGCUUCUAGAAACAGCAGACGCCAAAAAAACCAACAAGGUCGUGCGGAGAACUCUGGGUUUCGGCGUCCAGGAGAUUAACAAGGCGUGCAAUUGUACCACGAGCAGUUCUAACUUGAUUGGUAGCAGCGGUGCAGGCUGGGAAGGCACGGCACUAUUGCAUCAUGGGAGCUACAUCAAGGUUGGCUGUGUGCAGUUCGUGUUCAGUAUUACGAACAAUGCGUCCAAGUUACCGCCCAUCGCUAAGAACCUCACUAUCUCGACCAACACCGUUAGCCACCCUACUCCGGUCAAGUGAACUGUUCUGUGUAAUGUUUUAGUGCGACGCAAGCUUCCGUGGCCACCUUGACAGUUUUAGAGCACGGGAAGCGUACUGUUUGAUUGCCAUGAACUUCACUAGCCAAUCAGCGCGGUGGUUCAGUGCGCAUCAGAACACGGCAGAACACUCCUUGUUAUUGAGUUUGUGUUAACCAAGCAUGCUAAAUUUCUCUUGUCUGUCUUGGUGGCCACGAUAGUUUGACUUUGUCUGAACAACGUUUUUGUCAUGAAGAUGGUGCAUUCUUUUAUGAUAUCGUGUAAACGGUGCUUAAUUUCGUGAUAUCGUGUAGACGAUGCAUUAUUCAAUGAUAUCGUGUAAACGGUGCAUAAUUUCAUGGUAUCGUGUGAACGAUACAUAAUUUUAUGAUAACGUGUAGACGGUGCAUUUUUUUUUCAUGAUAUCGUGUAGACGGUGCAUUCUUUCUUGAUAGCGUGUAAACGGUGCAUUCUUUCAUGAUAGCGUGUAAACGGUGCAUAAUUUCAUGAUAUCGUGUAGAUGGUGCAUAAUUUCAUGGUAUCGUGUGAACGGUGCAUAAUUUCGUGAUAUCAUGUAGACGGUGCAUUAUUUCAUGGUAUCGUAUAAACGAUGCAAUAUUACAUUAUAUCGUAUAAAUGGUGCAUUAUUUUUGUAACAUAAUAGCUUCGAGGCCUUUUAUUCAAACAAUUUCUGUGACAUAAAUGUACAUAUGUUUUAAAAAUUAAGGUUUUUAUCACCGCUUGUGAACCUAAGUACAUGCUUCGAAUGCGUUCUUCUCACCUAUUUAAUUUCUACACGGUGGUUAUUUAUUCGUUUUAUGGAUUUUAACCCCCUCCAGUAGGUUUCAACGAUUUGGGUUUGCGUGAGCCAAGGCGGUCCAGCCAUUCUUGGACCCAAGCCUUUUCUGCAUAAAAUGAUCGAGGAGGCAUUGAACCAAGGAUGUUAUUGUUUGGUUAGUGACGUCAUCCCUUGAUUAAUGAUAGCGUAUCAAAGUAGAUCUCUAGAAGACAACGGAUGCAAACAUACCAUCCCAUUUUAUUUGCAUUAUAAAGUAACCCAGAUAUCACUAUAUAAAUGGACCACAGCAAUAUUUGUGUAAAAUUUGAUAUCAUGUUUUCACGCCCUGGAUUUGACUGACUGGUUCCAUAGCGAAAUGUCCACAUUACCCCACGCUCAACACCUCGGACCCUAUAUAGGGUUGAGCCUUUAGGUACUCUCCUGUAUUUAGCUCGUUGUGCUACGUACAAUUUCUCGAAUAAAAGACUUGAUACGUAA